UGUGAGCCCCCCCCCAACCCCUACCCAACCAACGCCUUCAAACUGAACCGGGAGUAUCACAUCCGACAUCGCGACCCCACCCCCACCCCCCCAAGCGUGGGGCCCGGGGCGGUCGCGCCGGUUUUCCGUGUACCCUCGGGACAACUGCCACCGGGCCGACUUCGCCGACUUCCCCUCGAGGCCGUCACGUGAAUGGUGGCAGCUGAGGGCGGGAGACGUCCUAGAGGAGGUGGUUUCAUGUGACCGCGUGACAGUGACGAGGUGGAGGAGGAGGCAGUGGAGUCGUGACGACACUAUCAGCUCAGGGGGGGGGGGGGGGGUGCUGAAAUCUCUCCGGUGGGGCUCCCAAUGUCGCGAUUCGUCUCUUCGCACGGUCGCGCCUCGAGGCUCUUCGACGUCGCCGGCUCCCCCUAGCCCGAAUCGCAUCGUGAAGCAGUUUCAUCACAACAACAUCAUCAACAUCAUCAACAUCAUGUAAACCGCGUUCUACAUCAGCGUCGUUGUUGUUGAAAAACAAAUCUCAUGGUGCUUGUUAAGGGGGGCUCCAACUCGUAGCUUUGGCUAGGAGAGAGGGGGGGGGGCAAGGCACUUCCUGCCUGCCGCACGCUCGUCACGCCGCUACUGGGAGAAAGAGGAAGGAUCGAGGAGGAGGUGAGAAAGGUGGACGAGGUGGACGAGGUGGUUCAUGGAGCAACGACAGCACAGCGGCGUGGGUUCUUCUGUGUUGGUGGGGGGCGAGAUGAGUCGGAGCUCGCACCGCUACCGAACGUUCAUGAUGGACGAGAUUUUAUCGUGCACGGCCAAGAGCCCCGGCCCCCCGCGCCCCGCGGAGCUGGGGACGCGGGCGGCCUCCUCCUGCCCCUUCGUCUACCGGGCGCCGUCAGCCGCAGCUGUUUUCCCGCGACCCCUCCUCGCCUCCUACAAGUUCUCCAUGGUUCACGGAGCGGCCGCAUGCCCGCUGCUGUCGCCGGCGAGCGGCGCUCCGACUUUUCUGGGGGGGGCCCUGGUGGCCGGGACCCCCUUCCCGGGGGAGCUGAGGCCCCGGGCAGACCCCGUGGCCCCAGGAAUCCGCAGCAAGAGGUGUCGGAGGAGUCGCACGGUGUUCACCGAGCCGCAGCUGCUGGGGCUCGAGAGGAAGUUCGAGAAGCAGAAAUACCUGUCGACGCCGGACAGGAUGGACCUGGCGGACAGCCUGGGACUGAGUCAGUUGCAGGUGAAGACCUGGUACCAGAACCGGCGCAUGAAGUGGAAAAAGACGGUGCUGGAAGGCGGCGUGACAGAUCCGCCGACGAAGCCCAAGGGCCGCCCGAGGAAAAGCUCCCAACCCGAGGAGCGGAGAGCCCCACAGUCCCCCCCGCGGGGUCAACCUUCCGUCGAAGCGGACCUAGGGGAGGGCCAGGGGGAAGUGGAGGGAAGCGGCCGCCGGGACCCCCUCGGAGGCGACGAGCCGAGCCCUCCCGGAGAAGCCGACUCCGACUGAUGCAAUGCGUUUGCUCGAUGAGACACGCCACCGUUACUAUGGCGGGACCAGUCCAUCCAUCCAAAGGAUGGUGAUGAAUACGAUGGCGACGCUUAUUAUCGUGGUGAUGAUGAAGACGAUGAUGGCGAUGAUAACUUAUGGUUAGAACGAUGAAGAUUACAACGAUGGUGGUGAUACAGACAUCGAUGGUGGUGGUGGUGACGAUUAAGACGAUGAUGAUGAUGCCGGUUCUAACCGAUGUAGAGGCGAUAUUUUGACUCAAUGAGACACGGCGUCGUUGCUAUGGCGGGAGCAGUCCAUCCACCCAAAGGACUGGUGACGAACACCAUGGUGGUGGUGGUGGCGAUGAAAACGAUGGCGAUUGUGUCAAAAGCUCACCCGAGGUCAUCACGUGGUGUACAAACCGGUCCUGUGCCUCCCCUAGGUCGGCUCGGCCUCAAGUGACUUUGCCCGGGCUCGCGGGAACGAUUGCGUGCGCGCGUCAACACCGGCACGCGGGGGGAGACAAAGGCGGCCGUGGUGGAACCCAGAAACCCUCUCCCCGUCAAACAAAUAGGCGACGUUUCGGGCAAUGAUCCUUCUUUAGCAUUGGGCAUACACAGAGAGAGAGCAGGCAGGCAAGCGGGGUGAAGUUCAACCCGUAGUAUCAUUAUUAACUCCCAUCUCUCCGGCCUCUCUCUUUAAGCUCUGAAGAAGGGCCAUUGCCCAGAACGUCGCCCAUUAUUUCGCACCUCCGAUGAGCACGGUUGGCUACGUACG